GAGAUGGAAAAAGUCAACAGCACAUUAUUGACUGAGUUCAUCCUUACAGGAAUUCCCUACCCACUCAGGCUAAGGGUGUUUCUUUUUGUGUUCUUUUUGCUAAUCUACAUCUUGACCCAGCUGGGGAACCUGCUUAUUCUCAUCACUGUCUGGGUAGACCCUCAGCUCCAUGCCCGUCCCAUGUACAUAUUCCUAGGUGUUCUCUCCAUCAUUGACAUGGGCAUCUCUUCUAUCAUCGUUCCUCGGCUCAUAAUGAACUUCACCUUAGGCAUCAAACCCAUCCCAUAUGGUGGCUGUGCUGCUCAACUCUAUUUCUAUCACUUUCUGGGCAGUACCCAGUGCUUCCUUUACACCCUGAUGGCCUACGACCGGUACCUGGCAAUAUGUCGGCCCCUGCGCUACCCUGUCCUCAUGAGUGCUAAGCUGAGUGCCUUGCUUGUGACUGGUGCUUGGGUGGCAGGAUCCAUCCACGGGGCUAUCCAGGCCAUCUUAACCUUCCGUCUGCCCUACUGUGGACCCAACCAGGUAAACUACUUCUUCUGUGAUAUCCCCGCAGUUUUGAAGCUGGCCUGUGCGGAUACCACAGUCAACGAGAUGGUGACAUUUGUGGACAUUGGAGUGGUGGUUGCCAGUUGCUUCUCCCUGAUCCUCCUCUCCUACAUACAGAUCAUUCGAGCCAUCCUAAGAAUCCAAACAGCUGAUGGGCGGCGUCGGGCCUUUUCAACCUGUGGAGCCCAUGUCACUGUGGUGACCGUGUACUAUGUGCCCUGUGCCGUCAUCUACCUGAGGCCUGAAGCCAACAGCCCCCUGGCUGGGGCAGCUGCCCUGUUCCCCACAGCCAUCACGCCUUUCCUCAACCCCCUCAUCUAUACUCUGCGGAACCAAGAUGUGAAGCUGGCUCUGAAGAGAAUGAUGAAAGGUCCGGUGGCUAAGACUGAGGUUUGAAUGUGUCUUCUCCCCACUGGGGAUACUUCAUAUUUGUAAUUUUUUCCAAUGUUUAAAUUUCAGCAAAGUUUUGUACUUCCUGCUUUUUCUCUUUUAUGUAG